AUGUUUGACAAUGAUGUCAUCAAUGACAUUACUGAAGAUCUACCAGAACUGUACUUCAUUUUGUAUGCUGAUGAUAUAUCAUUAAUUCAAGUGAAGAAAUCUCAGACCACCAUUCGAUCAAAACUUCGGCACUCUUUGUUUAACUUAUAUCAGUCGGAUCCACUCUGGGGGAAUGAAGUAAGGACCAGCCAACUCAGUUUGACAAGUGGCUCAGGCAACAUGUGGAGGAGCAAGCAGAUGGUUGUUACCAGCCCUGGGGAAGAGGAUAGUCCUGUGGGUGUCUCUGAUGGUCAUAUCUGGAGAAGAAUGCAAAAAGAAGACAUCAUAAAGGGAGUAAUUUUCUUCCUGACUACUGCCAUCGGUCUGUGCAGUAAUGUCCUGAUUGUACUACUCCUGUCUGCCAUUGCCUUUCAAGAGAAGAAGAUGAUGCCUGUAGAGAUAAUACUCUGCUUACUCGCUACUUCAAAUCUGAUGUUUCUUUUAACUCUAGGACUUCCACAUUCACUGUUUGCAUUUGGUGUGAAAUAUUUCUACAAUGACCUGGGUUGUAAAUUUAAUGAGCUUCUUAUGAGGUCAUCCAGAGUGAUGGUAAUGAGCCAAACCUGUCUGCUCAGCUGUUUCCAAGGCGUGGCACUUGCUUCCAUUAAUCCCAUGUGGGCAGGUCUAAAAAGUAAGAUGGAAAAGCAUAUAAUCAUUAUCAUCAUGUUUCUGUGGAGUCUCAGUACUGGGUCAAGUAUAACUACAGCAUUAUAUUCUAUUGUUAAUAACAACAGGACAGAAUUACAAUACACUUUCAACUUGGGCUACUGCCUUACAGUUUAUCCUAACAAAUAUCUGUUCGAACUUAUAGGAUUUAUCUCCUCUGUUAGAGAUGCAACAUUUGUGGUCCUUAUGGCCAUGGCUAGCAUUUAUAUUUUGUUGGUUCUACUCAGACACAGAAAACAGAUGAAGGGGAAAAGAAGUUCAGACCACAACCAAGACAACACUGUAGAGCUACAAGCAGCAAAAAUGGUUGUUACUUUUGUUACAGUAUAUGUACUGCUUUUUGGGAUUGAUAGUACUAUCUAUUUUUAUCAGAUCUUACUUACCAAGCAAACCAACACUGACCUCACUGACACUAGGUAUUAUCUAUCUUUCUACUUUUCUACAGUCUUUCCUUUCAUUCUAAUUGCCUUCAACCAGAAAGUUAAACAUAAAAUCCAGCAUGCAUAA